AUGCAAACAUCAUCAAUACAAGCUGAAACUAUGAAUACAAGCCAUGCGUCAUCAGAGCAUGAAUACAGGAAACAAUCUAGAAAAGUAAUAGGGAAAUAUUUUUUAUCAAAGACACUAGGUAAAGGUUCAAUGGGAAAAGUGAAAUUAGCCUUAAAUGCAGAUACAAACGAAAGGCUUGCUGUCAAAAUUAUACCACGUAAAUUUAAUACUACACCCAACAUGACUCGAAAACGAGAAAAAAAUAGAGAACUUCGUACAAUUCGAGAAGCGAAUAUUAUGCUUUUAUUAGAUCAUCCUUAUAUCGCUAAAGUAUAUGAAAUGGCUUUAGUAGAUGAUUUUUAUUAUUUGUUUAUGGAAUAUGUGGAUGGAGGACAGUUACUAGAUUAUAUUAUUUCACAUGGUCGAUUAAAGGAAAAGCAUGCAAGACAUAUUGCGAGACAAAUAGCAAGUGCAUUAGACUAUUGUCACCGUAAUUCUAUUGUACACCGAGACUUAAAGGUCGAAAAUAUUCUUAUUUCUAGUAGUGGGGAUAUCAAAAUUAUUGACUUUGGUUUAUCCAAUUUAUUUUCACCAGAUUCUUAUUUAUCUACCUUUUGUGGUUCACUUUAUUUUGCCGCUCCUGAAUUAUUAGAGGGUCGAACUUAUAUAGGCCCUGAAGUAGAUAUAUGGAGCUUUGGGGUUGUUAUCUAUAUCCUGGUCACAGGACAAGUACCCUUUGAUGAUCCAACUAUAGCAGGAAUGCAUAACAAAGUAAAGCAAGGCCAUAUUGAAUACCCUUCCUACCUAUCCACAGAUUGUAAAUCACUUUUACAACGUAUGCUAUGUACAAAUCGUAAGAAGCGUGCUACUUUAUCAGAGGUCAUCAUGCAUCCAUGGAUGAAUAAAGGCUAUGAUUGUAUUGUGGAUAACUAUCUUCCUGAACGAAAACCUUUAGAAUUACCAAUUGAUAUGAACAUUGUGCGUGGUAUGCAAGGAUUCAAGUUGGGAUCAGAAGAAGCUAUCAGUGAGGAAUUGAAGAAGUUGAUCACAUCUACAGAAUACCAGCAACAUUCAGAAUCAGAGCCCUAUCAUCCAUUAAUUUCUAUCUAUUAUUUAAUAAAAGAACAUAUGGAACGAAAUGACAAAGCUAGUUCCGUUGUUGCAAAUCAUAAGGUAUCAUCGUCUUCUUCUUCUUCUUCUAUCGAGAACACACACAUGUUUGACAAUUCAGUUGUUAUUCAUGAUGCAGAUAACAACCAAGGACGAGUACAAGUGUCUUCUUCUUGUCCGACGAAUAACAAUAGAGGAACAACACAGGAUUCACAACAGACAGACUUGUUAUUCUCACCUCCUCCCUAUUUUUAUGACUCUUCAAAUAGAAGCUAUCCUUCACAACACAGGUCAGAUGAUACAAGUUCAAAACCUUCGACACCCUCUAAUCUCUUUCGUCGAUUGAGUCGUCGAUUCAGUCGUCAACAUGCUAUCCCAAUAGAGGAUAAUUCGAUUUCAUUCAAUGAAAAGAGGACAACAACUACAUUAAACAAUCAUACGCAUCUCUCUUCACCAGAGACAACACCGAAUAGUAAAUUAGAUCGGUUCCUAAGACGUGCCAAAUCAAUUACUAUCAAAGAUAUACCAUCUAUAAAACAACAACAACAACAGCAGCAGCAGAAGCAGCUAUACAGUCAACGUCGUAAAUCAAUGAUGAGUUAUAAAGAGAUUCAUCGUAAAGAUGAUGAAGCACUUGUGCGUAAAAGACAAUCAAAUGAGGAGCAUCCCUCUUCUAGGGAUUUACUCGAUCAAAACAAUAGUACCCAACAACCACAGGCGGAUCAUAUCGUACAUUCUGUUUAUGUAAAAGGAUUGUUUUCUGUUUCAACAACAUCUACGAAAAAGGCUUCAGAGAUAAGGUUAGAAAUUAUUAACAUAUUACAUAAACAGAAUAUCAAGUAUAGAGAAAUGGAUGAUCGAUUUGAAUGUGUUGUCUUGAAAGGUGGUUGCAUUAAGUUUGAUAUUUAUAUUGUCAAGAUACCAUGGCUAUUAGGUAUGCGUGGACUCCAGUUUAGGCGUACAAGUGGUGAUUCAUGGCAGUAUAAGGAUUUAUGUAGAAAAAUCUUAGAUACUAUAAGGUUAUAAAUAAAAUUAUAUGAGGAUGAUAUUAUGAACUUUUAAAUAUCCGAAAUUCAAUUCUCCUCUUUUCUUU